AUGCAACAGCCAAGCCCUCCCGUGGUCCGAGUUCGCAUGCGACUUGGGCCACUUUCCUGCUGGGAGCCUCGGCUACAAAGCUCCAGGGCGCCUCAGAAGGCCUGGGCCCGAACCGGUUCGCCCCUGCUUGGGCCAUUUGCGGGCAUGGCCUGGGGUGGCUGGAGCAGCUGGCAGAGCGGCUGGGGAGGAGGAGGAUGGGACCGAGGGUCGUGGCAGUCCAAUGCCUUCUCGAGCUCAUCCAGAGGGCGUGGGAAAGGUGGCGGCAAAGGCGGCGGCAACAAGCCCUUUUGGAGGCAGUUCGUCGAUCCGUCGGACGAUCCGGAAGUGGUGGCCUGGUGCCGGGAGCGCAUCCAGCAGUUUCUGGACAGCGGCGAGAGCCAGCAGGAGGUGGAGUGGCUGUCAAACACCUACAGGAACACCGUCAGAAGCCUCGCUCCGGAGAUGGGAGCAAGCUGGCUGAAGGUGUCCAAGGGCGUCUACGCCCUGGCCCGGCCCUUGGACUCGGAAAGGAGCCCCUCGCAGCUCCGCACCGACCUCGUCGCCGCGGUGAAGCGGAUAUGCGCCGCUGCAGGAGGCCGCUGCACCCCGAACUACGUCUUGAGAAACCUGCCGACGGAUCUCUGGGUCUCUGCGAAUGCGUCUUUGAAGCUGACAAAGAUUAAGCGUCUCCCAGACGUGUGCCAGAAGGAGUUCGAGAAAGCUGGGAUGCGGGCCAGUGCGACUUGCCACAUGUUCUAUUCCUCGCCCUCGGCGGAUACUGACGACUACGACGAUGCCUUGUUUGCUCAGUUCGAUGCCACGCACUUGCAAGCCGCUUGCGGGUCCUUGGAGGCUGGUCUCCGGCAGCUGUCAAGGCAUGUUCGGAGGCCAUCCGGCAUGCAGGGGAUCGACUUCCUACAGCAGCCGCACGAGGACAUGGGCCCGGCAGACCUGGAAGCCGAGCAGUGCCUGCCGGGCUACGCGGACAUGCUGCAGGCGCGCAGCCGGCUGCCGGCCUUUUCGAUGGCCGAGGGCAUCUGCGAGGUCGUCCGCGCAUCGCAGGUGACCCUAGUGCUCGGGGCCACGGGCUGUGGAAAGAGCACGCAGGUCCCGCAGGCCAUUCUCGAGGACUGCGCUGGGCGUGGGGAGCCCUGCAGGGUGGUUGCGACGCAGCCGCGGCGGAUUUCAGCGAUGUCGCUGGCGGAUCGCAUCGCCUCAGAGCGGGGAGGAAAGCUGGGAGACAAGGUCGGGUACAAGAUCCGCUUCGAGGACACCGUCACACGCUCGACGCAAGUGGUGCUCUGCACCGUGGGCAUUCUUCUGAAGGUGAUGGGCGUGAACCCGGAUCUCCAAGGUGCAACCCACGUGAUUGUGGACGAAGUGCACGAGCGAGACCUACACACCGACUUUUUGCUGACCCUGCUGCGACGGGUUUUACACCGCAGAGCUGAUCUGAAGAUCAUCCUCAUGUCGGCCACAGUGGACCCGUCAGCUUUCCAAGGAUACUUCAAUGGCAUCAGGACGGUGAGCAUUCCGGGCAAGACCAACUACCCCAUCGAAGAGCUUUUUCUGGAAGACUUGUUGCCUCAGCUCUCAACGCAGAGUCGCAAGGCAUGGCGGGAUGCUCGGCGGCAGCAGUGGAGCAAGGCAUCCGCUUUCGCAAUGGGCCCACUGCCUGGUGUCCCUCAAGGGUCGGCGGCAAUCAGAGCCGCAUUCCCACAGCUGCCAGAGGAUGUCGUCUGGGACAUCGCUGAUGUGCAUGGGGAGAUGGCUCAGAAUAUCGACUAUGACCUGACGGCCUCCCUAGUGCAGGCAAUCCACGAUUCCGGUAAAGAAGGAGGCGUUCUCAUCUUUAUGCCAGGAUGGUUUGAGAUAACUCAAACCAUCGAACGGCUUGAGAAGUGCCGCUGCAAGCACCAGCUGGCAAUACAUCCUCUGCACUCGCGCAUCCCCACGUGGGAGCAGCAGGCCAUCUUCAAGCCUUCGCCAGCUGGGCGACGGAAAGUCGUGAUCUCAACGGUUCUGGCCGAGACAUCAAUUACUGUGGAAGACAUUGUGUACGUCAUCGACCCCGGCCGUGCGCGGACCACUUUUUUCAACGAGACCUCGAUGAUCUCAGCGCUUCGGACGGUGUGGUACUCCAAGGCGAAUGGCUUCCAGCGACGGGGGCGUGCCGGACGCUGCCGGCCGGGUGUUUGGUAUCGGCUCUUCAGCUCUUGUCAGUGGGAGGCCAUGGAGGAGUAUGCUCUGCCGGAGAUGCAGCGCUCUCCUUUGGAGGAGCUGUGCAUGGAAGUCUCAUCCCUCGGCCUGGGCCCACCCGCCGACUUCCUGCGAGAGGCCAUCAGCCCGCCGAAAGAGGACGUUGUCCGUCAUGCCUUGAAACUGCUGCACGGUUUGGGAGCUGUGACGGACCCGACCGGGAAGACCCUGACGCCUUUGGGUGCGGCACUGGCGAAGAUACAGGUCCACCCCAUGCUGGCAAAGAUGCUGCUGCUAGCUGUUCCGUUCAAGUGCUACCACAUGAUGAUUACGAUUUGUGCAUCUCUGGGAUACAAGUCACCCUUUCUUUGCCCCAUGGGUCUGGAAAAAGAAGCAAAUCAGGCGAAGGCUGCCCUAGCCGACGGGUCCAAGUCGGAUCUCAUCGCCUUGGUCAACGCCUACGAGGGCUGGAAGCGCGGCAAGGCUGGCUUUGCGCGACAGAACUUCCUCUCCCACCAGACGAUGGACUACAUCCAUCGCCUGCGCGAGGAUCUUCUGUCAGCUUCCAAGGAUGUACUGAGGAAUGUGCCUCAGGAUCAUGCGGACCCGGUCCUUCUGACAGACUCCUGCAAGGCGGUUCUGACUGCGGGUCUCUACCCCAACGUGUCACUUCUGCGUCGCCGGGGCAAGGGCCACACGAUCCAGGGCUUGCCAGUCGUGGUCCAUCCAGGCAGUGUCAAUUCCAAGGAGGAGUGGACCCAAGUGGUUUUCUAUGAGAUCCAAGAGACCACGGAUCGUUUCAUGUAUGACACAACUGUGGUCGGCCUGGCCCCUCUUCUUCUUUUCGCUCCCGCACUGAAAGAAGUACACCGAGGGCGCCGUGUGGUCUUCGAGCUCUCACCAAAAUCCCAUGUCGCGGUGGAUGUGAAAGUUGCAGACGUAUUGCAAAGCCUGCGUGGCCUCGUUGCAAGCUUCGUGGAUCGAUCCGUGGGGACCACGCCUACGCCCGUGAUGCUCGACACGGCGCAGGAGCUGAGUCGCCUCUUUGCAGAGCAGGUGGAGACUGUCGAGGGCGAUGAUGGCGAGGAAGAGGAUGGUGGCUCAGCCGGGGGCGACGCCAGCGUGGGAGAAGCAAACGACGAUGUGGAGGUGGAGGUGGAGGUCGAGGUCCCGGAUGCUUGGGAUUCCGACGAGGUCCCGGAGCCGCGGGUCAAAUCGUCGAAACGCUGA